GGGCUGCUCCAAUCAGUCGGCCGCUUGCUUUCAGCCAGUGCAGAGGUUGUCGCGUGUUUGCCAUCCGCUCUUAAGAUAUUAAAACGUGUGUGCGACGAUAUUAUUGAAAAACGCCGACGCUCGUACACCUAAACAACGACAUUGAUGGCUUACAAUCUGGGUACCUAUUAAACGGGGGCUCAGUGUGCGGGCGUGUCGCGCAACUUGAAUAUAUAUCAUUAUAUACGUGUAUAUAUCAGUAUACAUAUAUUGAUGUGAAUAAAACCCGUUCCGUUUUAGUUUUUUUGCGUGGUAAUCACUACAACUCCGGCGCCAGGUCACAUUCGUUAUCAGAUAAUCAAAGUAAUGCAACUUAACAUAAAGUGAUGUGAUUUCAAAAGCCCUAUGAUAAUAAUCCAGAGAAGCGAAGCAGUAAGGAAAAGGUGAUUUCUAUUGAAAUUAUGUAAUUUAUUAUGCAAAUCAAAAGACCAUAAGCAAUAGCAAUUAAAGCAAAGCUUGUGCGUGAUAUAGAAAAGCAAAUAUAAUAAAAUAAUAUUUAAAUAAAAAUAAAAGAAAAGCCGCAGUAUGCAGAAUACAUCUUCCUCGUGUGCCUGGUACUUGCCUUGGAGCUUGGCCGCUCAGCAGCAUCAUCACAAGCUGCUGGCCAUGCAGACGCCCUUCGCAGACAAGGUGCCGCCAGGUGCACUGUACGCUGCACAACCGCAAUUGCAUCAGCCACAGCAGCAGCAACAGCAACAGCAGCAACAACAACAGCAGCAACAUCAGCAGCAGCAGCAGCAUCUGCUCCAGCAACAGCCGCAGCAGCAUUCACCGAAUACUGCAGCAGCCCCACCCACAAACUAUCAGCAACCCGCGCUGCAUCCAAGCGCCGGCACCCAUUUUCCCUUGGCGCCUGGCUACAAUUUCAAUCAGCCGCUGCUUAAUGCUGCUGGCCAGACGAGCAGCUAUGCAGGACAGCCUCAUCCGACGCACAGCCACUCGCAGACGCAUCUGCUGCAGUCCUCCAUGUUCCCGCCCCUUUCGCUGAGCGCUUACUAUUCGGCCGCAGCAGCAGCGGCGGCUGCUGCAGGAGCUAAUCAUGCCAACGCUGUCGCCGCCUUUGGUGGCGUUUCAUUGUCGGCACAACAGGCUCUGUUGGCUGCUGCCACCGUAGCCGGCUCAACAGGCAUGCCGCAGUCGCCGCCGGUCCAAGUGCCGGUCCAAAUGCCCGUACAGGUGCCCGUAUCCGUGUCGGUGCCGCGCCCAGCACCGCCGCCCGCGUGUGCGCUGGUGCAGCCAUUGAAUUGCAUGCCUCAGGAUCUGCAGCAUCUCUCUUCCAUUAAUCUAAGCCUGGGCAAUGUAAUGGCCCUGAGAAAUCAUGGAGCUGCCGCCGCCGCCGCCGGACUCACAUCCAUCAAAGCGCUACCAAACCCAACGUCUCUAACAAUUAACAGAAAGCUGACAAACGUUAGCGAGCUGGAAAAGCAAAAGGUAAAAAUACCCGAGAAGCGAAAAACCGAGGACACGGAACAAAUUAAAGAUUUGAAAAAGGCAAAGUUGGAGACAAAGGCCUUGAAGGCCAAAAGACCUGGAUUCACUGAUGAAAGAUACCAGGAAACCUCAUACUAUAUCGAAAAUGGUCUACGCAAGGUGUAUCCAUAUUACUUCACCUUCACGACCUUUACGAAGGGCCGCUGGGUGGGCGAAAAGAUAUUGGAUAUAUUCUCCAAGGAGUUUCGCGCACAUCCAGCUGAGGAAUAUGAGCGCUGCAUACAGACCGGCACCCUGACCGUUAACUUCGAGAAGGUGCCCAUUGACUACCGGCUGAAACACAAUGAUCUAUUGGCCAACAUUGUGCACAGACACGAAGUACCCGUCACUUGCCAACCAAUCACAAUAGUGCAUAUGGAUGAGGACAUUGUGGUUGUUAAUAAGCCAGCCUCUAUACCAGUGCAUCCAUGUGGGCGGUACAGGCAUAAUACUGUAGUCUUUAUACUAGCCAAGGAAUUCAAUUUGAAGAACCUACGCACAAUUCAUCGGCUGGAUCGGCUUACGUCGGGCCUGCUCUUGUUCGGCCGCAGUCCGAAGAAGGCGCGCCAAAUGGAGCAGCAGAUACGCAACAGACAAGUGGAGAAGGAAUACAUCUGUCGAGUGGAGGGCAUUUUUCCAGACGGUGUCGUGGAAUGCAAGGAGCCCAUCGAGGUGGUCAGCUACAAGAUAGGCGUAUGUAAGGUGUCACAGAAGGGCAAAGAUUGUACCACAACCUUCCAAAAGCUAUCCCAGAAUGGAAAAACCAGCGUAGUGCUCUGCAAGCCACUCACAGGACGAAUGCACCAAAUUCGUGUUCACCUGCAAUAUUUAGGCUUUCCUAUACUUAAUGAUCCCUUGUACAACCAUGAGGUGUUCGGGCCUCUCAAAGGCCGCGCUGGAGACAUUGGGGGCAAGACGGACGACGAACUCAUACGGGAUCUCAUUAAUAUACACAAUGCGGAAAAUUGGCUGGGCAUCGACUGCGACUCGGACAUAUCAUUGUUUAAGAAUACUAAGGAUGAGACGGAUCUGGAAAGCCUGAGCAGCGAUCAAACGUUUGCCGUGCAUCACAGCGAUGAUGACGUGGGCGUCAAUUCAAGAGAGACUACGCCGCCAUGCUCGGAGAAUCAGCAAAGCGCAGAGGCCCUCAAGCAGCUGCACUCAACAAAUAGCAGUCCAGUGCUCCCGGCUAAGGCAGAUGCAGCCACCGAGCCUUCGGUCCCGAAUGAAGUCCCCACGGAUCAGGCCGUGGCCUCCGAUAAAGUGGUCAUUGACAAGCAUUGCUAUGAAUGCAAGGUGCACUAUCGAGACCCCAAGCCUAAGGAUCUGGUCAUGUAUUUGCAUGCCUGGAAGUAUAAGGGUCCCGGCUGGGAGUACGAAACUGAACUGCCGAGCUGGGCGCUGACCGACUGGGAUGACUGCGAGCUCAACUCUGAGAAAGCUGUAAAUUAAAUGGAUUCUUUAAGUCGGUCGUUCACGUAGUUCUAUUUAUAAUAUGCCUUAGUUCUCAAAUAUCACCAAACAACACAAGACGAUUGAAAUGAAGAACCAAACAAAAACAGUGCAAUAAACAAUGACCAAUCUUUGAUGAACCAAACUGACCAAAUAUACACAUAUACAUAUAUGUAAACAGUUCGCAGAUAUACUUAAUAUCAUAUUUAAGAUCAUAAUGUGCCUUUCAAAUUGGUAUACACACAAACCUAUAUUCAUAUAUACACAUAUAUACAUAUACAUAGAUGCAAUGGCACGUAAUCCCUUAAUUGCUUUAGAUGUUAUCCUCAUAGUCAAUUUUAUUGGUAUUAGAAAAUUAGAUGUAUACUCUAUAUCAACCAAAAUUUAAACAAAUCAACAACAACAAAUUCAAACUAAUCAAACUAUGUAUACACAUAAGAGCUGAAAAGACAUGCAAUACUAUUUCAAGUUUUCUUAACACUCACACUUAGCUAUAUUGAGACAUAAGUAUAUGCAUUACUGAGGAGGAUCCCAAAAGAAGAGUGGAGAUUCGUUAACAGCAGGUUCCAGUCACUUAAGAGCCUAAGGACCCAUAAUGUUAAGAACAGAAACAAAAACAAACAAGUAUAACAAAUACGAAUCAAACUCGUGCCGCACUUCAGUAUACAUUUGCCUAUUGAAGACGACAGUGAAUGAACAAAACAUUAAAUAAAUAUAUAAAGAAAUUGAAAUAGAUAAUUUUAUAUAAAGUACAUUAUACUUAUAAGUGCAACACUUAUACAUACGAUUAUUAUUAUCAAUAAAUUUUACAAAUGUUUCUUAGAAAAAUGCUUAAA